GUGCCAGGUCUUCGGUUUUUAUUGAUCAUGGAGAAUCAACAAUUCCUCUUCCAACCAGUGUAACACUACUCUGUGCUCAUUUGCCCAUCAAAAAAUUGCCACCAUGUACCGGCCACUUUUGUUCUGCUUUGUCUUCCUUUCAAGCAUUCUUUCACUCAUCCACGCCCACUCGAUAGCCCCGGGAGCUAGUCUCAACAGUUGUCAGAGCCUGGAAAGGGUCAACCGCACCCUCCACCACGUCUCCCCGAUCCUUGAGAGGCUCUCUCAGAUUAGUGCGGGCAAUGGCAAGGCAGUGGCGCCCGCCCUAAAUGGAACCGCCGGCGCCACCCAUAAAAGAGGUCUUAGCGAUAAACUCCAACAAAUCCAAUCCGCAGAGGCGCGGCUCAAGCAAUCCAAGGAAAAGGUUUUGAGCAAGAUGACGACCUGUCAAGAGCCCAACGUGGGCGCAAACGAUGUAUUGCAAAGUACUAGGCGGGGUGAUGAAGAAAAGUGCACACUUGACGAAGUAUUGGAAGAAUUGUUGGAUGAGGUAACGGAUACGCUGGAUUGUCUGUUGUCAGUUACGUUUCCGUUGUUGGGAGGUGUGGUGGAUAUGGUGUCCAAUAUACUAGGUGGAAUUGUGAACUUGGCUAGCGAGCUGCUUGACCUUGAUUAACUGAUUGGUGAAUGGUCAUAGAGGCACUCUUCCAGCUACAUUAGUGGGGGGGGUCCGAUGGAAAGGGCGUCCAUGUAUAUUAUAUAUCUUCAUUUGCGGGGCGGACAUGACGUUAGAUGUAUGGUUUGGUGUGUCAAGUAUUGUACGCUGUAACAUAUUGCAUACUCCGGUUGGUUAAGACACCGCAUGACGGUCGAAAAUGUGAUUUGCAUCGUUGUACAACUUCAAAGCUCAUAAGGGAGCUUCCAGUGUCAAGACACUGUCCAAGAUAGUAUCGGGGGUAGCAUAAGAUAGGACUUGGGCUACCGCUUUUAAGUCACUUCCAUACUGCAAACUGCGGUCAUCUUCCGGUUUGGCCACCAUAAUUCGAUGGCGGAAGACCUUCUUCGCAGCUAAGGCUACUACCGAUGGCGUGAGAUAAUCAAUUCCAUGCAAUGCAGCGAGCAACCUAUCUAGGUUAGUUUAAG